AUGUCGAACCCGGGACCCCCUAAACGCAUAUUCGAGAGAGUGCGACUAUGCCCGAGCUUGCAAGGAGCUUGCCGUGCUGCUCAAACAGGCUUAUGGAAUUGCCCCCAACACAAGAAGGGCUUGGCGGCUGGGGAGUUUAGAAAGGCUGCCAUUUCCUUGCAAAGGAGCUCCAAGAAUCAAAGCGAGCUAGACGAAUCCUGCCAGCUUCCGGUGGAUGUUCUUGUUCACGUUUUCAGCUUCCUGGAUCCCAUAUCACUGGCUACUGCUGGCUGCGUAUGCAGGUCUUGGAAUUCAGAGUACAAAGACGCAAACCUCUGGCAGAAGCUUUUCACGGUUGUUCUUGAGAACACGAGUUUUGAUCCUACUAGAGUUUUGCAGCUCGCUGGUUUUGAGCUGGGUGAUGAUGAUUCCAGUACUCCUCUGAGAGUCAAGGAUGUUUCGAUCCAAAAAAUAGGCUGCUGGAAGAAGGCUUUCGAGAUCGCAGUUCUCCGUUCGCCAAAGCUUUUGUAUCUCUUCACAAGGGCCCAGUGCUUGACUUGCAAGGCAACGUUUUGGUCAUCGGAGCUUUGCUUGCAAACAUUUGCCAACCAGUGCAGCAAGAAAAACUUCCAGGAGCACAAGCUGAGGCCACUGUUGCUAGAACAGGUUGUCAGCUUUGUUCUCAUGGGAUCAAGACAAGCUUACAACACCAAAAAGGACAGUGAUUCAGACGAAGACCAGUAUCUUCCUUACGCGAAGUUGUGGGAGUAUGCAAAGUGGUUGAGAUAGCCGUUUUUUAUUUUUGUUAGUAAUCAAGUUCACCAUUGUGACCGGUGGCAAACAAGGCGCCCUUCUUCAUAUCAUCAAGACGAGGAAAUCAUCUUUAGAUUGAAUGGAGAGGUGGAAUCACUGGGCCGACCUCUCAAGAAACUUGUCGAUCUAAUGGGUCCCUAGUGUGUGUGAUUUUUUGAAGUUGAAAACAUUAUUAAUAAUCAAAUGAAUUAACAACAAUUUAGUUU